AUGGACAAGAAGAGCGAGAACAAUCCGUCGAACCUGUGGACUCGACGAUCGAACAGCAGCAAACUUAGCCUCUCCACCAACAAAUCGUCGUACCAGAACGACUCGCAAGCAGACGACCGAUCGACGCCUUCGGGGAAGAGAUACACUAGUCUGAGUGGCAGUGCCGGCAAGAACAAUCCCUUUUCUGCUCCUCUAUCCACAGCCACGGCAGCAGCUUCCGUAGCCUCACCCACAGGCGCAGGAGCUUCUUCAGCGUUCGGGCUGGGUAGUGGAGCAUUUGCGAGUUUUGGCGGCGCAGGCAAGACGCCCAGGACACCGGGCUCCGCAUUCGAUUUUAGUAGUACCAAGAACGGCAGUGCAGCGGGAGCAGGAAAGCAGGAUACCAGUUCCACUACGGGUUCUGACAAGGACACCUCCUCAGACAAGGACACUGCACCGCGGCGACCACCGGCGAGGAAGUCAUUAUCUUCAGUAAGAUCCCACCAUACACCGUCCACUAGCCUCGAGCACAACCCGUUACCGAGAGAUCCUGCCGCAUGGCCGCUGAAACACAGCUGGGUAAUCUAUUAUCGUCCACCCACUGGCAAAACGACCGACUACGAGAAGAGCAUCAAGCCGCUAUGCCGGAUAAGCACCGUCCAAGAAUUCUGGACAGUAUAUAGUCAUCUCCGACGGCCUUCGCAAUUACCGACAGUGUCAGAUUACCACUUCUUCCGUGCGGGGACACGACCAGUCUGGGAAGACGAAGCGAACAAGAAAGGAGGGAAAUGGAUCAUGCGGCUCAAGAAGGGAGUGGCGGAUCGAUUCUGGGAGGACCUACUGCUGGCUAUCAUAGGCGACCAAUUCUCGGAGUCCGGGGAUGAAGUCUGUGGGUUAGUUGUUAGUGUGAGACAAGGCGAGGAUGUCUUCUCAUUAUGGACGAAGGGAGAGAGUCGGGGUGGCAAGAUGAGAGAGGGUGUGAAGAGGGUCUUGGGGGUUGGUGGUGAGGCGGUGGAGGUGAGUUGGAGGAGUCAUGGGGAAAGUAUUGUGCUCAAAGGUGAGGGAGAGAAGAGGCGGGAGGAGAAGAUGGGUGCGGAUGGGAAGAGGAGGGGGACGUUGAGUAAAGGUGAUGUGGUGAGGAGUACCGAGGAGGAAUGA